AUGGGCAUUUAUUUUUUCAAGAACCCAUUUAAAACCCAUGAAAAUAAACCCAUCUUAACAUCCCUAGUCAACAGUACAAAGCGACUAUUGGAGCUGAUUUUGUCACCAAGGAGCUUCAAAACGUUGACGUGCUCGUCACACUGCAAUCUAUAUAUUUGGGACAGAGCUGGGCAAGAGAGGUUCCAGAUUCUUAGGCUAGCCCACGGUAGUGCUCAAGCAGCGUUCCCGUUCAUGUUUCUUGGUAACAAGGUUGAUAUUGAUGGAGGAAACAGUCAAGUGAUAUCAGAGAAGAAAGCUUGA